AUGGAAAGUCUGCAAAUAGCUAGCUGGAAUGUGAACGGUUGGAAGAAGAGCUGUGAGUUAAUAAAGCAAAGGGAAGUUACAGUGGCCCAUUUUUUGAAAAAGCUUAAUAUUGACAUUCUAUGUUUACAAGAAACAAAGACGAAUAACCCAACCAUUGAAAAUGAGUCCAGCUUGUUAGAUGCAUAUUCGGAUGAAUACGAAUCCUACUGGACGUGUUGCAAGAGGAGAGGAGGUGGAGAAAAGAUACAGAGGGGAUACUCUGGGCUUGCUACGUAUGUGGGAAAUAAGGCAAAAAUUAUUUGUUGUUGUAGUGAUCCAUUCCGGAACUUUUUUUUUUCCGUGGAUGGUUUUUCGGAGGAGGACCUACUAGUGUCGAGGUGUUUUCCGCGGGACAAUUCAUCCGUGUCAUUUUACGCAUUUCCACAUGAUAGUGGGGAGGUUACCGAUGCACUUAGCAGUGGUUAUGGAGAACAGAAAUGUCAGACACCACGCCAAAUCCAACCCCCUGAUGCUCCGCUACAGAGAGUGAGUGAUAUGUUCAAUGAAGGGAGAGUGCUCAUUACCAUCCACAAAGAGUUCGUGUUGGUUAAUGUAUACGCCCCGUACUCUGGAUGCAAUUACAACCGUCUCGACUACAAAAUGAGAUUUCUCCAUGCAGUUCGAAGCAAGCUCCUUGAGUUGAGAAUAACGACGGGUCUACCAAUUAUCCUCGUGGGAGACCUGAACAUAUCCUUCCGAAACAGAGAUGUGCACUACCUGAACAAUGUAAUAAAUCUGCAUGAAGUACAAAAAGAUAUGAACAAGGUGAACAUACGAGAGGACCUAAAACAGAGGAUAUGCAAGCAGAUACCUAUCAUCAUAGAGACACUGAGUAGUCGGGACAAUUUUAUUAUUAAGAAGCAGAAAGGGGAAAAUGGUGAGUCGUUUCGACUGUACUUGAAUUUUAAGGGGGAUGUCAAAAGGGUCGGAACGAGCUUUACUUCGAUGGAGGAGAUUUUUUUUUUUUUUUCGUUGGAUCCGGUGUUCGUGGAGGACAAGUACGCUGGGGUCUACCCGAACGACUUUUUCUUCUUCCUGCGGGCGCCCGGGGGGGGCAUCCAGCGUGGGGACGACAAAGGGGGGGACAACAAAGACGGGGACAACAAAUAUGGGGACAACAAAUAUGGGGACAACAAAUAUGGGGACAACAAAUAUGGGGGCAUCCAACGUGGGGAAGACGAAGGGGGGGACGAUGAAGGGGGGGACGAUGAAGGGGGGGACGAUGAAGGGGGGGACGAUGAAGGGGGGGACGAUGAAGGGGGGGAUGAUGAAGGGGGGGACGAUGAAGGGGGGGAUGAUGAAGGGGGGGAUGAUGAAGGGGGGGAUGAUGAAGGAAUUGUGCACAGCGGGGAGGACCCCCCCAAGCGGUCGGAGACCCAUCACGGCAAUCACGUAGAGCGCGACAUGUACGAUUCCUUCGCUAAGGAAAGAGAAAAGAUUUGUUCUCACUUCAUGAAGAAGGAAUAUGCCCCCAUACAAGAAUACCUCCUCCGCAUGGAGGAAAAGAACGUGAAGUACAAUAUUAGAAGAAUUACUACCCAUGGAGAGUGUAGGAGGAUACUGUGUAGAUAUUCGUUCCGUAACUGUAUCGAGGGAAAGUACAACGUAAAGAAGGCCAACACUCUCUACUUAAAGCACUUUAAUGAUAUCCUUCUAUCGUUAGGAACGUUUCUUUCGAAGGAAGAUCUUCUAAAAGUUGCCAACGCCCUUGGAUACUCUUCCUCCCCUGAGUGCUGUACGAACUUUGUGAAGAACCUAAUAUGUGAAGACAGAAUGGUAGACACGUUCUCCUUUUUUUAUCCGUCACUUAACGGGAAGUUCACCUGUUGGGAUACGUAUAAACAACACCGGGUGAGCAAUGAAGGUUCACGCAUAGACUACAUUUUUGUUGAUUUCAUUUUGUAUGAACGUCUGAUCAGGAGCCACUCCCACUUGUACGCCUCGCCAGUUGUCAUGACGGAGGAGCUUAGGGCAUUGCUGAGACGAGAGGGUGAUGCCAAGGGAGAGGGUGAUGCCAAGGGAGAGGGUGAUGCCAAGGGAGAGGGUGAUACCAAGGGAGAGGGUCGUGACGAAGCAAACAAUGGAAUCGUAAUGGAUGAUGAUUCAUCAAAGAAAGGGGUAAACAGUGCUAACACUGAUACGGGUGACCCCUGCGAGGAAAACUACUUGUGUGUAAAUUCCCCUCAGAACAACUGCAACUACGCCAACUACUUCAAUCGGUUAAGGAAAAAAAGGGGGAGAAACCCCCCGGAGGAGGAAUGGGUGAGUGAACAGGAAGAAGACAUUUACCAUUUCCAGUUUAAGCUCCGAAGUUACAUAGGCUUUAUCUACACCUCGCCGCGCUUGAGCGAUCACAUAGCAGUUAAUUGUACCUUUAUGGCAAGGACACAGUCUGGAGGAACAAAGAAAAGAAAAGAAGUACCCAUAUGUUUUUCAGGAGAACCUACCAUACCUCUGCGCAGUUUCUGUUCUUCAGAGAAACAAUAUGUUACCUUCUUUCCAAUUUACUUAAUUGACCCUGCGCUUUUUUCUGGAUACACCUUCGAGAUCUUAAACCCUGUUCAUGCGCAUGGCGGCACAUGUCCUAGCAUCACCAUGGCUCAGCCCCAUAAAAAGACGAGCAAGAUAACGCAGUACUUUAGCGUAAGAAGGGGCAAACCUUAG